CCCGACCCGAGCUCCAAACCACUCCGCGUUCGAAUCCCCUUCCUCGCAUUUCACUUGCCACAUCGAGUUACCCGCUGCACUUUUUGUUACCCAUCGUCCCGCACCCGCCCGCGCUCGCAGUUGCACAGCCUGGCGUCGACCUUUACCGCCCCGGAACACGACGAUCUGUAUCCCUACAUCGGCGGUGACCCAGACAUAAGCCAUGUCAACACAAGCCCCCAUCAACGGCGUCAAGAUAUCUUCUCUUGACGAUCCGUCCAAGGAAAUUAAAGUCAUCGCCUGCGAUGGCAAGACCGGCGAGACCAUGGAGCUCCGUUAUGCCAACUGCAAGGUCGCAGGCAACGGGUCUUUCGGCGUCGUCUUCCAAGCCAAAUGGAAAGACGCACCAAAGGAGGUUGAGGAUAUUGCGAUCAAGAAGGUUCUGCAGGAUAAACGCUUCAAGAACCGAGAGCUUCAAAUCAUGAGACUCGUCAAACACCGCAACGUCGUCGACUUGCGCGCCUUCUUUUACUCCAAUGGGGACAAGAAAGACGAAGUUUACCUGAACCUCGUCCUCGAAUAUGUCCCGGAGACCGUCUACCGCGCGAGCCGGCACUACGCCAAGCUCAAGCAGCCAAUGCCGAUGCUCCAGAUCAAGCUGUACAUGUACCAGCUCUUCCGGUCGCUCGCGUACAUCCACUCGGUCGGCAUCUGCCACCGGGACAUCAAGCCCCAGAACCUGCUGUUGAAUCCGGCCACGGGCAUACUCAAGCUCUGUGACUUUGGUUCGGCCAAAAUCUUGGUCGCGGGCGAGCCGAACGUCAGCUACAUCUGCUCGCGGUACUACCGCGCGCCGGAGCUCAUCUUCGGCGCGACAAACUACACCACGAAUAUCGACAUCUGGUCGAGCGGGUGCGUGAUGGCGGAGCUGAUGCUCGGCCAGCCGCUGUUUCCAGGCGAGAGCGGCAUCGACCAGCUGGUGGAGAUCAUCAAAGUCCUCGGCACCCCCUCGAGGGAGCAGAUCAAGACCAUGAAUCCCAACUACAUGGAGCACAAGUUCCCUCAGAUCAAGCCCCACCCCUUCUCGAAGGUGUUCCGGCCGCGUACCUCGCCCGAGGCCAUCGACCUGGUCUCGAAGCUUCUGGAGUAUACACCCGAAGCGCGGAACUCGGCGGUCGAGGCCAUGUGCCAUCCCUUCUUCGACGAGCUGCGGGUGGAGGGCGCGCGGAUGCCCAACGGGAAGGACUUCCCGAUUCUGUUCGAUUUCUCUCGAGAGGAACUGUCCGUUCGCCCGGAUCUGAUCCCGACUCUGGUCCCCAAGUGGUGCGAGCCGGAGCUGGCCUCGCGGGGCAUCACGCUGCACAACUUCCAGCCGAUACCGCUCGAGCAGAUGCGGAUCACCCUCGAUUGAGAGAGAGUGCUUCGUCCCGCCGGUCUUGCGUGUGCCCGGGCUACCUAUACACCGUUCCCGGUACACCCGUCGUCGUCUUGUGUCCUGCACGCGCUUUUCGUCCUUCGUCGUCCCUCGAUAACCAUCGCCUGGAGUUGAACUUUGGCGUGGCUGUCAUAUCACCCUCUCCCCUGCUCUCCGGUCAUGCCCAAUUCACACUCGUGUGCGCCUUCGCUCGUCGAGUGGAACGCAAGGCCCCUCCCUCCUCCACUCACCCACUCACUCUUUCUCUCUACGCCAAAUCGCAUGCAGUGUAUUGUUUUAGGUCUCGCGUAAUGCCGUGUGACGUGGCUGGCGUCGUUAUCCCUUCCCCGCUCCUCGAGAGUUCCCUGUUUAUAUCAGUAUGUUGGAGCCGGAGCCGUUGUUGUAGCAGUGCGCGACGGCGCGCGUGGAUGCAUAACGAAGAAAUGAAAACGUG